UCUCCGGCUCUCUCUCCGGGUCUCUGCUGCUCUCUGUGUCCGGCUGCAGCAGCUCAGAGGCGGCGGCGGAGGCUCCGUGAUCCGCCGACAGUCUGUCUGUCUGUCUGUGUACUCCAAGCAGCAGGAGGUCCAGUAGCUCGUUUCACAGCCGACAUUAAACCAGUAGAAGAAGAAGAAGACACUUCCGGGUGGUUUGUUGUGACAGUUAGCAGUUAGCAUCGAGCUAACCAUGUCGGCUACAGAAGACGACACCGAGCUGCGGGACCUGCUGAUCCAGAACCUGGAGAACAACGGAGUCCUCAACAAGCUCAAGGCAGAGAUGAGGGCUGCAGUGUUCCUGGCAAUGGAGGAGCAGGACAAACUGGAGAACAAAACUCCUCUGAUCAAUGAAAACCUGAAGAAAUGUCUCAACAGCAAAGACGGCCGCCUGGUGGCCAGUCUGAUCGUGGACUUCCUGCAGGUCUUUAACCUGGACUUCAGCCUCGCCGUGUUCCAGCCGGAGAUCAACUCGCUGAACAGCCUGGACAGUCGGGACCUGGUCUGCAAAGAUCUGGGUCUGUCAGAGUCCGAGGUGAACAGGAAGUCCCCCCUGCUGCUGGAGCUGGUCCGGAGAGGACGACACAAACCGACCGAGUUUGAACAGGGAGACAGAAACAUCCUCAAGGAACCGUCUCAGAAACAGAUCUCACUCGCUCGGAAGAAGUUUGACUUUUACGACAAGGACGGGAGCGGCUCGGUGGUAAAAGAAGAUCUGAAGAGCGUCUUCACAGAUCUGUUCCCCAGUUUGAACAAGAACAUGUUGGAGAGGUUCAUCACUGAUGAGCUCAGAGCUGCAGACAAGACCUUCUCUAAAACGAUAGACUUCCAGGUGUUUGUGGGAUUUUACAAGCGUCUCUUCUCCCAGUGCAGAAGUGUGGUGGAUCAGGACUCUGAUGGUCCUGAGGACAAGAUCAACUCUCCACCUGUCAGUAAGAUCCCCAGAUAUAAAGGAGGACAGAGUCAGACAGCAGCCAAGGACUCGGAGGGCGUGGCGUCUCCGGGUAAAGUGGACUUCCAGCCGCCGGCCUCCAGACACGGCGAGGCGUCCUCCUCCGCCGGCCUGCAGAGGGAGCGUCUGGACCUGGACCUGGAGGUGGAGGACGACCCCGACGACGGGGAUUCGUUCUUCGACGACCCGCUGCCCAAACCACAGAAGACCUACGGCUGUCCUGCUUCUCCUCUGGGAGAAAAGGACUCAUCAGAACGGACAGACAGUCAGAAAGAUGUUGUCCCCCUGAGGGAGGAGUGUCUCUCUGGGCCGGUCGUGUCCCCCAUGAGGCGAGGCAGAAGCCUCAGUGAUCUGUCUGUCCUGGCUGCUGACUCAGAGGACGAGAGAGACGAUCGUCUCUCUGAAGACAGUCAGACCUCUGAGCUCAGGAAGGCGUCCGGAGCCAGAGGGAGUCCAGCAGGGUCCCUGUCCGAGGCCCAGAGACCAGGAGGAGGAAGAGGAGGAGGAGGAGGAGGAAGAGGAGGAGGAGGAGGAGGAAGCAGCGCCUCGGAGCAGAGCCACAGCAAGAACGGAGCGUCGAAUUCCAGAGAGAGAGGGUUCAGAGACUCAAAGGCCCCGAAUGAUAAAACUGGAUCUCAGCAUUUAGAUGACGAUGUUGAAUACGACGAUGACUUUAACAGUCAUCGGUCAGAUCUGUCCAAGAGUGAGCUCAGCAUCGGCGAGGAGAUCGAGGAGGUUUCUAUUGAGGGACCCGACAACAGCGACAAGCUGGAUGAAACCACUCAGGACCUGAGCGUCUCUCAGCUCAGUCAGAGUCACGGAGCCGACUACAUGGAGGAGGUGGCCUGAGCCUCGCAGCCUCCCAUCAUGCACCUCUUUGUAUCCUCCAAUAUUUAAGUCUGUACAGUUUUAAUGAGCAAAUAAAGUGAUUUGUAUUCAGA